AUGGACGUAAGAUUUUAUUCACCACCUCCUCAGCCUGCGGCCGUUCCUGAUACGCCUUGUUUGGGACCUUCCCCCUGCUUGGACCCCUACUAUUGCAACAAGUUUGACGGUGAGAACAUGUACAUGAGUAUGACAGAGCCGAGCCAGGACUACGUGCCAGCCAGCCAGUCUUUUCCUGGCCCAAGUCUUGAAAGUGAAGAUUUUAACAUACCUCCCAUCACUCCUCCGUCAUUGCCUGACCAUUCACUGGUACACUUGAAUGAAAUAGAGUCUGGGUAUCACUCUCUGUGUCAUCCAAUGAACCAUAAUGGCCUACUUCCAUUCCACCCACAAAACAUGGAUUUACCUGAAAUUACAGUUUCCAACAUGCUUGGCCAAGAUGGGACGCUGCUUUCCAAUUCACUCUCUGUGAUGCAAGAUUUACGGAAUACAGAAGGAGCCCAGUAUAGUUCCCAUCCUCAGAUGGCAACAAUGAGGCCAAGGGUUCAACCUGCAGAUAUUAGGCAGCCAGGAAUGAUGCAGCAUGGGCAGCUGACUACUAUUAACCAGUCCCAGCUCAGUGCACAGCUUGGUUUGAAUAUGGGUGGAAACAAUGUUCCUCACAACUCACCCUCUCCACCUGGAAGCAAAUCUGCAACUCCUUCACCAUCCAGUUCAGUCCAUGAAGAUGAAGGAGAAGAUAGCUCUAAGGUUAACGGAGGAGAGAAGAGACCUGCUUCAGAUAUGGGAAAGAAACCCAAAACUCCCAAAAAGAAGAAGAAGAAGGACCCCAAUGAGCCACAGAAGCCUGUGUCUGCCUAUGCAUUAUUCUUCCGAGACACUCAAGCAGCCAUCAAAGGCCAAAACCCCAAUGCGACUUUUGGUGAAGUCUCUAAAAUUGUAGCUUCAAUGUGGGAUGGCUUAGGAGAAGAACAAAAACAGGUAUACAAAAAGAAAACUGAAGCUGCCAAGAAGGAAUAUCUGAAGCAGUUAGCUGCCUACAGAGCAAGCCUUGUAUCCAAGAGCUACAGUGAACCUGUUGAUGUCAAAGCCUCUCCACAGCCUCAGAUGAUGAAUUCAAAGCAGUCAGUGUUUCAUGGGUCUGCCCAGACUCACUCUGCACUGUACCUCAGCUCCCACUACCACCAACAACCAGGAAUGAAUCCUCACAUCACUGCUAUGCAUGCCAAUAUCCCCAGGAACAUAGCACCCAAGCCCAACAACCAAAUGCCAGUGACUGUUUCCAUAGCAAACAUGGCUGUGUCCCCACCACCACCACUUCAAAUCAGCCCUCCUCUGCACCAACAUCUCAACAUCCAGCAACACCAGCCGAUUUCAAUGCAGCAGUCCAUUGGAAACCAGCUACCGAUGCAGGUCCAGUCUGCUUUACAUUCACCUACAAUGCAGCAAGGAUUUACUCUUCAGCCUGAUUAUCAGAAUAUCAUCAAUCCAACAUCAACAGCUGCACAAGUUGUUACCCAAGCAAUGGAGUAUGUUCGUUCAGGGUGCAGAAAUCCUCCAGCACAGACUGUGGACUGGAAUAAUGACUACUGCAGUAACGGGGGCAUGCAGAGGGACAAAGCACUCUACCUUACCUGAAAAUCUGAAACACCUCUCCUUUCCACUGAGGAAUGCAGGGAAGUCUUUUCAUCAUGGAUUGCUUUAUGCAGUCAAGGCAGUUCUGCAUUUUAUGAUGAAAUACAAGUUGCUAAGCACUUAGGACUAUCUGAGCUUGUGGGUCACCCACUCUGGAAAAAUAGUCUCGCUUCUUUCUUUUUCUUUCCCUCCCCCCAUUUUGUUUUUCAUUCUUUCUUUCUGCUUUCCACCCCCCACCCUGAGAUUCUGUAACGGACAUUGCUUUUCUUCUUCCCCGAAGGAAACUCGGACCAUUCAGAUUUUAUGUUGGUUUUUGCUGUGAAGUGCUGCGAUAGUAACUGCCUUAGCAACUGUAGAUGUCUCGGAUAAAAGUCCUGGAUUUUCCAUUGUUUUUUCAUAAUGGGUGUUUAUAUGAAACUACUAAAGACUUUUUAAAUGGCUUGAUGUAGCAGUCAUAGCAAGUUUGUAAAUAGCAUCUAUGUUACACUCUCCUAGAGUAUAAAAUGUGAAUGUUUUUGUAGCUAAUUGUAAUUGAAACUGGCUCAUUCCAGUUUAUGGAUUUCACAAAAAGGGUUAAAUUGGCAAACAUUCAUAUUUUUACUUCAUUUUUAAACAACUGACUAAUAGUUCUAUAUUUUCAAACUAUUUGGAGGAAAAGAAAAAAAAAAAAAAAGAAAAAAAAGUAGAAUAUUCCCAAAUGAUAUUAAUUAAAAUAUUGGCCAUGUCUCAUGAAAUAAACACAAAAAUGAGAGGGAAACUGAUGUUGAUAAAGAGCAAACACAUUUAUUUUGUACUGCCUAAAAAUGCUUCUUUUUUUAAAAGAAAAUCACUUUAUGUGUACUGGUUAGUAAAUGUCAUUUAAGUCCUUUUAUGUAUAAAACUGCCAAAUGCUUACCUGAUAUUUUAUUAGAUGCAGAAACAGAUUGGAGACAGCUAAAUUAUAACCUUUACAUAUGGCUAUGUAUUGUUUCUUCAUACUGUGUCUGUAUUUAAUCUUUUUUUAUGGAACCUGUUGCGCCUAUUUAUGAAAUAAUAAAUAUAGGUGUUUGUAAGUAAAUUUGUUAGCAUUUUAAAGAGGUUUCUUUGAUGCUUUAACUUUUGCUGGCACAAAUCGUUCACAACUGAUGUGAAUACUUUAUUUAGUUUUUACAGUGACAUAUUAAACACCAAACCUGCUUUUCUAGCAGAAAAUGAAGGUAACCAAUACUUAUUUCUGUAUUUCUUCAGUUGCUAAGGAAAGAAAAUAAACAGUGGUAUUUUAAGUAAUUCCCUUUUUAAGGCGCUGUAGCAAGAAGUCUCCCAAAACUAAGGCUUGAUCCAACAAAUCUAACUGUAUAAAGUGUCCUACAGUGUUUUAGGGAGCGUACCACAAAUAUAUCCUAAAGUGAAAAGUAAGUUAAAUAGCCACAGGGAAAGGGAUUAAAAAAUAAAACUAAAUCCAAAAGAAGACAUCUUCUCAAUGCUUUUGAUCAGGGACGGAUCUGAAAAUGCUUUUCUGGAGGAUUUCAUACCAGAUGCCUGUCCAAGUAAUAGAGAGUAUCGCUGGUUUGUAUUGUCCACAGGAAAUGAAGAAAGCAACUCAGAAUUAAUAUGAAUUACGCAGUGCCAUUGAUUUAAAGGAAAAAAAAAAAAAAAA